GCUCCAUUGAGAAGAAGAGGCAAAGAUGGCGUCUUCUAACAACCCUCGCAAAUUCAGCGAAAAAAUCGCGCUGCACAACCAGAAACAGGCGGAGGAGACCGCCGCUUUCGAGGAAGUGAUGAAGGACCUGAACAUCACCAGAGCCGCCCGGCUGCAGUUACAGAAGACCCAGUAUUUGCAGCUAGGGCAGAAUCGCGGACAGUACUAUGGAGGUUCACUGCCCAAUGUCAAUCAGAUUGGGAAUGGCAACAUUGACCUUCCUUUUCAGAACUCUGCGCUGGACACCAGCCGCAGCACCAGACACCACGGGCUGGUGGACCGCGUGUACCGCGACCGGAACCGCCUCACGUCCCCCCACCGCCGCCCCGCCACCGUGGACAAACACGGACGCCAGAUCGACAGCUGUCCCUACGGUUCAGUCUACCUGUCUCCUCCCCCCGACACCAGCUGGCGAAGGACUAAUUCGGACUCUGCCCUGCACCAGAGCACCAUGAACCCCAAACCCCAGGAGGUGUUCGCCAGCGGCUCGCAGGAGCUCCAGCCCAAGAGAGUGCUCCUGCUCACUGUGCCAGGGACAGAGAGUCCGGACUCGAACCCGGACCAGGACUCGCUAGAACAGAUGUGGGAUGACAAACAGGAUGAUUGUUCAAGCCCUAAAGUGUGCGAUGUCCCAGGAAUCAACAUCUUCCCGUCUCCAGACCUGGAGGUGAACCCGUCCGUGCUCCCGGCGGGCCACAACACGGGGGGCUCCCUGCCCGACCUCACCAACAUCCAGUUCCCCCCGCCGCUGGCCACCCCGCUGGACCCCGACGACGCCGUCUCCUUCCCCUCCCUGGGCUCCGCCGGCAGCACCGGCAGCCUGUCCGCCGACCACGCCCACCUGGGCGUCGGCUCCCCCGGCCACGGUAUGCCGGCCUCCUCCCAGUCCAUGACCCCCUCCCAGCGGAGGCAGCCCUCGGUGCUGCCCCUCACCCUCAGCUCAGACCUCUCCCUCCAGCAGUCACCCCAGCAGCUCUCCCCCACCCUGUCCUCCCCCGGACACCUCAACCAGGCGGUGCCCAUGGAGGCCCUGUCCCUGGAGCUGCAGCUCUCCCAGUACCCCCUGUUCAGCCAGCUGACCGCCCAGGCCCAGGCGCAGCUGCUCAGCGACCUGCACAAGCAGCAGCAGCAGCAGCAGCAGCAGCAGAGCCUGCCUCAGGGCAUCAGGCUCAUCACCCUGCCCUCGGCCGCCACCGACGGCCUGAACCACGACGGCUCCAACAUCAACAUCAACAUCAGCUCGUACCGCAAUCAGUCUGGCUCCCCAGCCAAUCAGUCUCCGACCUCCCCCGUCUCCAAUCAAGGCUUCUCUCCGGGAGGCUCGCCCCAACACAUUCCCGUCGUUGGCAGCAUAUUCGGUGACUCAUUCUACGACCAGCAGCUGGCGUCCAGGCAGACCAACGCCCUCUCCCAUCAGCUGGAGCAGUUCAACAUGAUCGAGAACCCCAUCAGCUCGGCCAGCCUGUUCAGCCAGUGCUCCACCCUCAACUACACCCAGGCGGCCAUGAUGGGGCUCACAGGCAGCAGCCUGCAGGACUCUCAGCAGCUUGGAUACAGUAACCACGGCAACAUCCCCAAUAUCAUCCUCACAGUCACGGGCGAGUCUCCGCCCAGCCUCUCCAAGGAGCUGUCCAACUCGCUGGCGGGCGUGGGCGACGUCAGCUUCGACGCCGACUCCCAGUUCCCAUUGGACGAGCUGAAGAUCGACCCCCUGACGCUAGACGGACUGCACAUGCUCAACGACCCCGACAUGGUUCUGACCGACCCUGCCACGGAGGACGCCUUCAGGAUGGACCGCCUGUGAUGACGCUGCCGGGGGCGGGGCCACACCUGCACCAACCGGGAGCGAGGACGGGGGCGGGGCAUAAACAUACCGACUUGUGAUUGGAGUGU